GUUUCACCAUCUCUUGCAAGUUGGCAAAGUUUUCGAAAUAAUUUUCAAUUUUUUGUAAAAAGAAAAUAUGGAAUUAGAUCUCACGCCAGCCGAGCUGAUAACCUGCGAUAUAUGCGGGAGAACAACCCUUGAUAAUGAAGAGGAGAACUUGAUGUUUGGCGAGUGGAUGCGGCGCAUGCAGCUGAAAGUGCACUACUUUUGCCUGCUGCUGUCCACCAACCUGCCUCAGCGGGGCAGCGAUACCAGCGGAAUAAUGGGCUUCCUGGUGCGUGACAUUCGCAAGGAGGCGGCCGAAGCCCGAAAAAGGAAGUGCGUCUACUGUCUAAAACCAGGGGCCGCCAUCAAGUGCAUCACGUGCGGCCAGUACUUCGAUCUGGUCUGCAGCGUCGAAAAUCACUGCACGACGCAGUUCUGCCAUCAGUUCCACAGCUACUGCAGAGACUGUACGCCCAUGGACGAAUACAUGCAGCAGUUGGCAGUCAAGCCACCGAAGGACGUCAUUUGCGACAUCUGCUUGCUGCGAAUCUCGAAGUUCGGGCCCCAUCACAUUGUCUACCCGGAGUGCUGUCGCCUGGGCUUUGUCCACAGGGUGUGCAUGCGGAGGUACGCCUUUUCCUCGGGCUACUAUCUCACCUGCAUGUGGUGUCGCUCGAAUAAGUUCCGGGAAACCAUACGAAUGCAGGGCAUCUUUGUCCCUGACCGCGAUGCGGUGUGGGAACGUCAGAAGAACGCCUACCGGGAGCUGCAUAUGCGAAUCCUACGCUGCGACGAGAAGGAGUGUCUGUGCAGCAAAGGAAGGAAUUACAACCAAAACGCCUGGUGUAUAAACGCCUGCCAGGUGUGUGGCUCCACAGGAGCUCAUGCCAGAUGCUUAGCGCACUCGAUGCACCUACGUAUGGGAAUGGAACCCAUGAAGUUCACGUGCAACGGCUGCAAGGAAGUGGAGAAGAAACUAAAAUCAAAAGUCAGAACCCCAAUUGCAAAGAAUAAGGGGGAUCAAGUCGACACCUCUUUCUUCAUGACCAAGGAGGGACCAAAGCUGCCCACCUCGGCUGGCAACACCGAAUCCGAGGGUCCCUUGUUCUCCGAUGAUGAGUCAGAUUUAAGCUCAAAUGAGAGCGUUGUCACAGUGGUUCCCAACAGUCACCAAACCACGUCAAGCUUUAUUGCACCCAGCAAUGCUUCCAAGAGCUCUAUAGCGUCGCCACCGCAGGCGGCGGCAGCGAUUGACCUUACAGAGGAAGAUCCGGUGCCUGAGAAACUUUUGGCCUUGCGCGAAUCCUUCAACUGUCCGGGCGAACCCUUCUUUUAUCUGGUGAUCUACGAGUUCGAUGAGCAGGGCACGUGCAAGGGUUCCUGCACGCUGCGCUUCGAUGAGAAGGAUCCUAGGAUCCAGGAUCGCUCGGAAGAAGCCUUGAGGCGACUUCAAUUUCGGCCAGAGGAUGUUUGGUUCCGCAACAAGGACUGCGGUAUAUAUGCCAUAGUUCACAAAUAUCAAGACAAGCCUUUAAAACAAUUAUUAUUGUGAAUGGUUGAAUCUGAAAAAAAUUAUUAUAUUAUAAUUAUUAAUUUUAUCUGCAAACGAACCAGUCUGAGACCUAUUAAGUUUUGAAGUACUUUUAUGGAUUUAAGAAAGAACAAGAAUUUAAAAAAAUAAUAAACAGUGAUGAAACU